AUUUACCAGUGUGGUGAACCUCAUCAUAGCACUGGAACAGGACGGAAUCAUUGACGGGUUUGUGACGCACUACUUGAGAGAGGGUGAACCGUAUCUGAACACGGCGUACGGGCACAUGAUCUGCUACUGGGAUGGCUCUGCUCAUUAUUUGAUGUAUCUGGUGAUGGUGGCAGCCAUAGCAUGGGAGGAAAGCUAUAGAACCAUUGGCCUCUACUGGGUUGGAUCUAUUAUCAUGAGCAUUGUUGUUUUUGUGCCAGGAAACAUUGUGGGGAAGUAUGGAACACGCAUUUGCCCUGCUUUCUUCUUAAGCAUACCAUACACAUGUCUUCCUGUCUGGGCUGGUUUCAGAAUCUAUAGUCAGCCGUCAGAAAAUUAUAAUUAUCCCUCAAAGGUCGUUCAAGAAGUGCAAGCAAAGGACCUGCUGAGAAGACCAUUUGAUUUAAUGCUGGUCGUGUGUCUCCUCCUGGCAACUGGAUUCUGUCUGUUCAGAGGCUUGAUUGCUUUGGAUUGCCCAGCUGAGCUCUGCCGAUUUUAUACACAAUUUCAAGAGCCCUAUCUAAAGGAUCCUGCUGCUUAUCCUAAAAUCCAGAUGCUGGCAUACCUGUUCUAUUCUGUUCCUUACUUUGUGAUUGCGCUUUACGGCUUAGUGGUUCCUGGAUGUUCCUGGAUGCCUGACGUGACACUGAUACAUGCUGGAGGUCUAGCCCAGGUCCUACAAGCAGCUCAAACUAAAGAAAAGGCUACAAAGAGGAGAGGCACACUGGAGUUCAGAGAGCAAGAGACCAGGCCUGAUACCCCAUGUCUGGAAGAGAUCUGCGGGCUUCCUUCACUCACAUGUGGCAGCAGCCUGGGGGUCACCCCACAAGUUCGUCUCUGAACUGAACGAACCAUGUGUCAGAGCAGACACUCUGUGUACUGGGGAAAGACGAACUUUGAGUCUAGAACUCGUAAAGUCCUGCUUCUGAUUUUAAACUGUGCCAUCGAGGGCUUCGUUUCCUCUCCUGGGGCCUUGACUUUCACAUCUGUAAAAUGGGAUGGUUGCACUUGGUGACCUCUGGGUCUCCUUCAAUCUUGAAAUCCCAUGGCUUGUCUAAAACUGAACUAAUUUCCCUUGAAUCUAGUGUUGUUUUCUAACUUAAUUAUUG